AUGUCGCACCAGCAGCAGCCCGGCGAGCCGUUCCCCGUGACCCUCUCACGCGGUGGAGCGCCAGCCUUUGCCCUCUCGGCCUCCAAAGAGUUGGCCUUCGGCAUUGACGAUGGCUCCCUCUCACCUGACGCAGCGGCCCAGCUCCUGACGCAAGAGAAGGCCGACCCCAACGGGCGGUACUACGACACUUCCCUCGACCGUUUGGAUUCUCUGCUGCAUCUGGCUGCCGAGAAGUGUAUCGGAGAGGAUGGUGCCGCGAUGCUGGAGUGCCUCAUCAAGGACGCUGGAGCGGAUGUGAACUUCGUUGAUGUUGUUGAGGCCGGCAACAACAGGAGACCACUGGACUCCCUGCUAGCCCGCCUGCGUCGAGCCGACCGCCGUCUGCUGUUGGCCCUCCUGCCCAUGAUCGAGACCCUCCUGAGGCACGGCGCCAGGUGCUACUUUGGUGGUGCUGGUGCGUUGCAGUCGCUCUUCGCCAGUUCCGCCAUGGAAGAGGUCUCGGCCACGGGGUGCCUUGAGGUCGUCACUCGGCUGACCACUGCCGCAGCAGCGGCACCCACACCACCCAGCCUCGGCGGAGACUUCGCUCUCAGCAAGGCAUGUAGGUGCCAAUUCCGACAGGAGGAGGACCAGCAGCAGCAGCAGCAGGAGCAGCAGAAGAGAGAUGGGGCGUAUGACAGCCACGCGGACCCCCACAUCGCCAUUCUCGAGAAACUAGUAGAGGGGAUGGGGCGGAAGGUGCUGGAGGGCUUCAUCGCCAAGGAGGCGUUGAAUCACGCCGUCGACCGUCAGAACAGAGCUGUGGUGUAUUGGUUGGUGAGGCAGGGAGUGAGGGCUGAUGAUGACGCACUCUCUCGUGCUCACUGGGAUGUGGAUGUGAUAUCAUUGCUGGUGCGUGAGGCAGGAGCUCACGUAGACAGGGGGUGGCGGCAGCCCCUUGUCCGCUUUGUGGGGGGAGGUCACGACACUGCUGCGCAGCACCUGAUCCAAUUGGGGGCAUCGGUAGACAGAGCACUCACCCACCUUCCCACGACAGCCAGAGAUAAGCAGCGCAUUUUGUCGGUGUAUCACGACUAUCUCAAUCGCUCUGUCCCCACACACGCCAUGGGCUUCAUCAACACGUCCCUCGCCCCUCUGCGCACUCUGUCUGCCCUGUCGGCUUCCCACUCUGUGUUCGGUGUGGGUGUGUUGUGCAGUCAGAUUGCCUCGUACGUAGAGCCUCUACCGCUGCCCUUCUCUGAUCGCACGCCACUCGGGCGGCGGCUCAACGCGGCACUGUCUUUCUUCGUCUCACGUGUCUGCAAUGUGGCCAGCCCCUGUGAGCGGCGCCGUUUGUUUCGGCACACUGCCUUCGUCACGCCACACACCACACACACGGACACAUCAGAUAGCCAGGGAGGGGGAGAGGGAGAGGGCGGGCAGGUAGGCGAGGGCAUCGUGUAUGGCCUCCGUGACGUGAUCCACCUGAUUCGGUGUGAGGAGGCGCUCCACUACCAGCUGCCUGACAUCGACAGUGGAUUCGGCAAUGGCAAGCCAUUCGAGUGUGCCUUCGAUGGCCGUGUGGUGGUGGGCGGGGCGGGGGGAGGGCAGUGUGUGGUGCAGACGAUAGAUAGGUGGGAGGCCAUGGGUGAGAGGAGGCCGCCCGGUGCGCUGUGGAGUGAGGAGUCAUCGGAUGAUGAUGAUAGCUCGGACGACUCAGAUGAGGAUGACGACAUCGAUGAGGUCAGCAGGGAGGGGCACACAGUCACAUGCAUGUGAUGAUCCACUGUUGUGUGUGUGCAGGACGGCAUGGAUGAGGACGGCCUGGAGGACGCCGGGGACGGCGACGAUCUAGAUGAGGUGGAAGGAGGCACAUGUGCACACGCAUGAUUUGUGUGGUCUGUGUAUGUGUAAAGGGUUUCAUGGCCGAGGACGGCAUGGACGGCGACCUGGGAGAGGAGGACGGCGAUAUGAUCGACGACGAUGACGAGCCGCAGCACACUGAGGACGACCAGUGAGUUGAGGGGGGAGGGGUGGAUGGGGGCACUCUGCAUGAGUACACACAUGGCUGUCUGUCUGUCUGUCUCUCUCACAGGAGUGUCGAUGAGAUGGAUGAGGAGCACAGCAGCAGCGAUCCGCUCAUCUGAAAGGCUAGGUACGCCAAGCGACUCGCAGACCACCGGCCUCUCUCCUCUGCUGCUGCUCACGGCUGUGUUUGGUUGUCUGUGUGCUUCAGAUCACAGAAAGUAGCUAUUGGUUGAGUGGCCGGCCGUUGGUGCCCCCAUCACGCCCAUGACCGACGAGUACGUGUCGUGGGCCCCCUACCAGCAGAAGGCCUCUCUUGCUGGAGAUUCGCUGCCUGGCUGGAUGCAUCCACCCACCCACCCAUCCAUCCAUCCAUCCAUCCAUCCAUCCAUGUGUCUUCGUGUGUGUUCAUGUGUGAGACCAUUUGCGUGUGUGUGUAUGGGGGGUGGUGUCCAUCUCGAUGCGUUCGUUCAUCGUGUUGUUCAUUCAACCCGUGUGUACAGC